ACCAAUCAACAUCGUGCUAUUAUCGGGUCAAAGAGGUCACCACCAUGGCGGACCCACAAGACAGGAAAAUAAAGGAUGCACAAAUGCGAGCAACUAUCAACCAGAAGCUGGUGGAGACCGGUGAAAGGGAAAGACUAAAGGAGUUAUUGAGGACAAGACUUAUAGAAUGUGGAUGGAGAGACCAACUUAAAGCCCACUGUAAAGAGGUUGUAAAAGAAAAAGGUCUGGAGCAUAUCACUGUGGACGAUUUAGUACAAGAAAUUACACCGAAAGGAAGAGCUCUUGUGCCAGAUGAUGUCAAAAAAGAACUACUGCAGAGAAUAAGAACAUUCCUAGCUGACCAGUCCAACAUCUGAUAAGUGUCAAUCAAGUCUUUAGUAUAGCAAUGAGAAGUGGGCCAGUCAACAGAAAGUGUAUAGAGUGCGAGAACAAAUUGUGAAUGAUUUUUAAGAUGUCAAAAAUAUUGCUUACUUAAAAUGUUGUAAGUCAUUGUUAAAUAGAAUAUGAAACGGAUGAAUUAUGAUUAAAAUCAUGCUUUUGACCUUAUUUGAUGCAUAUUUUAUACAUAUUUCAAUAUUUUUGUUUUGUUUUCCAAAAGUCAUUGCAGCGAUUAGAUGCUAUGUAUAUUGAGUACGGCAAAAAGGCUAAAAAAUGUGUAUAUUUAGGGUAACACAUUGAAUGAAAAAAAACUAGGGUAGGUAGGUUUUCGUGAUCAAUUUCUGAUUUUUUUUACACAGUUGUCUAAGGGACGAAAGUCCUGACUGUCGAAGAUGCUCAUUAAAAUUUUAGGAUUGGUACUUUUGGCAGUAAAUGAAAGGGUAGAUUAUGUCAUUACCCUUAAACACACAUGUAUUUAUAUUUGGCCUAAUGAUGCAUCUGGUUCAGAAUUUUCAUGAUUGCUAUUAGAUUGUACAUAUCAUGUUGAAAUCCAGUCGCAUGUAAAUAAAAUACCUCACGAUGGGCAGGGUGCAUGUUUGUGAGCGUGGUAUUAUAGGUGUCGCUGUAUUUGUUCCAUUCUGCAAGUGAUUGGUAGCAAAUUUUCUUGAUCUGAGUUUUGUUUUCAUAAAGCCAUUCUGAAGUUUUGACAUAAUCAUAUGUUCUAAUUCAUUUUAAAAAGAGCUUCUUGAAUAAAAAUAAGAAAUAUUUUAUGUUUCUCUUAAUAUGUAGACAAGAUUUGUAGCUAUUAUGUUAUGUUUCACUUUUUGAAGCUGUAAAUCUGAAUAAAACGUUGGCCGGAGAAUGCACACAAAAUGUGUUUUUGAGAACAAUGGCAGAUUUAUGUAUAUUUGUUCACAGACAGGAUUCUGCAUUCCUCUGACAUUUAGUCAAACUCUAACUCUGGGUUCCAGUGUGUACUGUAAAGCUACCAGAGUACUAUAAAUAUGGAACAUUUAGUUUGAUUUCAUUUUGAGAAGGAUUCCAAUUUUUGGCAAAUAACUAUUUUUUGCUGUCAGAUUAAAACAACGAGAAAGCCAGGUUCAAUACUAUUUAUUUAGAAAUAAAACUCUUUUUUUUUUCAAUAUUUGACAUUAUGAAGUGUGAAUGUAAUGAUAUCUAAUCACUUGUGGUAUUUUUAUUGUACAUUUGUAAUCAUAAUGUAUGUCGUUUGAUGCAUCGCACAAAACGGUUUUGUUUACUGAUGAAUACACAGGAACAUUCCGAGUGAAUUUAUUAACUCUAAUGGCUGAAGAGCUACUUCCUGUUGAUUUGUAUAUUCCUUCCAGUCCAAUUAUAUAGAAUACUCGCACUAACACACAGUAGAUGUUUAAUUUUGUCAGGAAAUGCUGUAAGCACAAAUGUCUUUAUAGUAAUUUUUGUUUUUCGCACCUUUGAACUUUGAUUGCACUUGUUAAAAUUCCUGUAUUGUUUUUUGUGGCAAAUAUUCUUGUGCACAGAUUCAUCAAGAGGCUGAUCUGGUAAACUUUGGUGAUGUGCCAAAAAUCAUGUCAUUGUGCUAAAUUUGAGCACAUCACUAUAACCACGCCUACAUUUAGUGUUUCAAUGAAAUCCCUGCUAAAAGAUCUCCUUUUUGGGACAACUUGUAUCUGUAAAAGUUUGGAGUUUGUAGUUUUGAAAGAAAAAAAGCCACACUACACAAAAUUUCUAUAGAAACUAUUGUAGCCUUUUUUUUUUUUAUAGCACUUUGACUUAGCUAUGUAGGUCCUGAGGAUCUAACACAGUGAAAGUGCAGAGGAGACCAUAUCAAUCUGUCUCUUAUAACAACUUACUAAAUUGACAUUUUUUUUUACAUUUAUGAGUAGAUGAGACUUAAUGAAACUGUCUCAGACACCAACUCAUUUAGAUAGCUUUACAAGUUUUUAUGCUGUAGAAUCAUAUGAGACAGUAUUAAUCUGUCUCACAUCUGGCGUUUAGAUAAUUAAUUUAUACAGUUUUUUAACCAUAACAAUGGACCUAAGUAGAUGAGACCAAUCAAAAAUGUCUCAGGUACUGUCUAAUUUGACAGGUAGCUACUGUAUUUAUCCUACGAAAAGCCCAAGUCUAGUGAUAAGCUCAACCAUGAUUUUUUCAGUUGUGUAAACUUCUAUUAAAUACUGUUGGGUUUAAACAUAUUUUCAUUUCCUUGACAAAUGACAAAAAGGAUUAGGCACAAGUUCUUACAACUUAGUUAGCCUUCUCCUAAUUUGGAUGUUAUGUGACUGUCUUAACAUGUACAUUUAUAAAGAAUUUUAAGUAAAUAAAUUGAAUUAACGAAAUAGUAUGUUGACAGUUAUUUCUCUAUACCCUGAUACUCCAGAGACUAUUAACCAAGGUUAUCAGACAAAAACAUUAUGUAAUUGUCAUUAUCAUGUAACUACUAGAAACAGUUUGUAUCCUUAAUGGACUUUUAUAGAUAGGUAAGAGUGAAAAUACUGUUUCGUUGUCAAGCAAUAAGACUAUAACCUAUGAGGAGUCUAAGUUUAUGAAUUGAUCCCCUGGGCUUAUGGUAGGAUAAAUACAAGAUUGAAUCCUGAUGUCAAAUAUUGUUCUGUGAAAAAUUUGUGUUGUAAUCUUACCAUGUAAUGCAGGCGUUUGCCUCCAAUAUUACUUUGCUAUAGAUAAUUUGUUUAGUCAUUUAACAGGUAACUUUACUCAAUAAAGGAAAAACAAUUUUGGGAGAAAAAAAGAUUAUACUGCUGAUUUAUCAUAUAAAUUAAUAUUAAAGGUAAUAAUUUGCUAAGAAAAAAUAUAUUUGGGGUAAAACCUGUUUGAUAUUAUUAUAUUAAGGAGAAAAUUUUGAGACAGAACAUAACUUAAAGCUAAAGUAUGUAUACUAAAUGACAAUGUUUUACAUUUGUAAUUAUGUGUAUCAAUGAUGGUAUGUUGUAUUAGUUGCCAUUCCUUCCAAUAUAUGUAUAGAUAUAAAAUUAUAUCUGUAAAUACAUAAAAAAUAGAUAUGUACAAUUGUGUAUAAACAUUAAAGUUAUAUGUCGUUUUACUUUGUAAAGAGUUUCUGUCAAAAACCUGAAAUUACCUUUGGUAAGUUGGUGAUGAUGCAUUGAAAGGUUUCUUGAAGAAUUAUCUGACUACAGGAAGUUAUACAUUUUUUCGUCAAGGGAAGCAACUCUAAUACAAAUGGCUGUAUAAUACAAAGUGGCAUAUAACCUUAAACCUAUCUGUAUUUUUUCUUGUUUGACUGUCAGUACGAUAAUUACUGAUUGAUUUAGAAUAUGGCUCUUCUUUUUAAUGCACACCACCAAUCAGAUUUGGUACAAAGUUACUGGUACAUAAUUGUACCCAAACAGUACAUUUGAACAUUCUGUGACAUUUUGUCAUGUGAUCAAAUCCGAAAACUAGAAAUUUGAGAACAUGUUUGUUUAAAUUUAAGAAACUAUAUUCUUAAACAUUUGUGUACCGUAAUAUGUAUGAUUGUGCAAUUUGGCCAUCUCGGAAAAGAAAUCAAUAUUGCUUUGAUUAAUAAAUUUUGUAGCAAGACUUCAAAUCUGAAUUAUCCAUUCACAAUAUCUCAGCAAAUUAUGUCUUUUUUUUAUCAUUGAAGGUGAUACAAUUGCCUUAUUUUCAAAAUUAUUUUCCAAUCACUCGAAGAGGUAGAGUCUUCAGAAGGAUCUAUCGACGAUGACUAAGGAUCAAACAAGUCAAACUUCAUAGUCAUUUACAUAAUUAUGUAGUCAGAUCAUUUCUAUUGGUCAAAAUAGUCAGUUAUAUUUAGAAAUUAUUUUUGUAAGCAUAUUUAUAUAAUUACAUUUGUUAAUUUGCACAUGAAGUUAUGAAGUUUUUGUUUGAUAAGAAUAACUUUUACCGUAGUUUGGAUUGAUACUAUAUCAUAUAGUGUAGAAAACAUGAGUAUGAAUUAUUUGCACAUUAGUAGCUAUUCAUUAAUACAAUGUAUUUUUGAAUGAUGAUGAUCAUAUUAAAGAAAGAUAUGCAAUCAAUGCCAAAAAAUUUCAAAAUGAAAAAAUACUUCUUUCUUUUGUCAUUGAUAAUAAAACUCAUGAUUUUGCUUUAUAAUUUCUUCAGUGUGGCCUGCAUGACUUUGUUUUUUGUGCCAUUUUUUCAUAAAACUUUUUUUAUUUAUUGAUUUUCUUUAAAUCUUGCAUUUGAAUAUUGGAGAUUGUUUUGUAGAAUUCUAAAAGAAACACCAUGAGUUAUGAUAACAAUGAUAUCAAUUUAUCAAAUCUAAAAUUGAAAUUAUGGUUCUAAUAUUAAUUUGAAAAAUAUUUGUAUUUGAAAAGCUAAAAAAAGCAAAAAAAAAAACAAAGUGUGGUUAACCUUUUCUAUACUAAAUGAAAUAGAUUUACAUGCAUAUUUUUCUACUAGAUUGCAGUUAGAAAUAAAUAUUGUAUUUCUCUGCAAAAAAAAGAAAAGGGAAAAGAAAAACAACACUUCCUAACAGAUAAGCCUCCUUCAUUUUAGCAGAAUCGUCAGUUUAGAAAUCGGCCCUCCCCAAACUUUAAAACUUUUCUUGGGGACAUGGCUUAUUUGUGGAUAAAUAUGGCAAAUAGAGAAAAAACCAGCCAAUUUUCAUUAAUUUAUUCAAUUACACAUCUUUGCAAUCACUAAAUGGAUUGUCAUCUCCUCUAACUGAAAACAAACUGCCAUAGAACAUCAAAAUAUCUUGGUGGGGAACACAGAAAAUUUGUCUUGAGUUAUCUCCCCUCGUACCUAAUAUAAAUGUAUAAAUUGAAAUGUUCAGGGUAUCAAAUAGUUCGGGAAUUUAAGUGUUAAUAUUCAGGCUGAAGUAAAAAAAAUUCUCAGAAAUAUUCUUCAUUAUUUUUGUUAUACAAUAUAUAUCAUUUCACAUAAUAUGUGUACUUCUAUUUAAAGUGUUAUAUCAGCCCUUUACAACAUAUUAUAUACAUGUUGCCUUGGUUAAUUAUAGUGAAAUGAAUAUGUCACUUAAUUGUCUUAUGUACAAAUAAAUGAUCACAUUAUUGUAGA